CAUUACGGCAUGGCUAUGUGAUUGACACACUUGCAAGGUGACAGGUAACUUUGCCGGCAAGCAAAGCGUCAGCGACUUGCAUUCAAGUUAAAUUUAGAGAUUUGAGGAUAAUUUGACCUUAUUUGAAGAUGUCGUCCCAGUGUUCAUUUCGUCAGACUGAUGAGAAACAUGUGACAACAGAAGUGGAACUUAUGGAAUGGUCUCCAAAAAUGGACCUUUUGGCAGUGGCAAAUAUCCAGGGAGAGGUUUUGUUACACAGGCUAUCAUGGCAGAGGGUAUGGAGCCUGCCACCUCCCACUGAGAACAGCAAAGUUAAAGCAAUAGCAUGGAGGACUGAUGGAAAAGUGUUAGCAGUUGGUUACAUCAGUGGUGAGGUCCUGCUGUGUAAUGUUGAGAAUGCAGCCAUCUUGCACACCCUUCAUGUCCAGGGUGAGGUGUGCAGCAUGCAGUGGAUGUGUGACAGCAUGGCACCAGCUGCAGGAAAGAAGUGCUAUAAAGACAGAUCUGCAGAAUACCUACCAAAGAUACCUACACUUAGCAAAAGUUAUGGAUCCCUAAGCAAAGGACACAGCGAGGAAAAUGUUGAAGAUAUGAAAAAAUUAGCAGAUCAAAUUGGAUUAAAUAUCCUUCUAAUUGGAAACAAUGACAGUAUUGUAAAACUAUUUGCCUAUGGCAUAUUCCCAGUUGGAGCAGUAAAUCUCAAACAGCACAAGAAUACAAAGGCAGGCAGGAUCAUAUCACUAAGUCUGUCUGAGGAUCUGCACUUAUUGUCCUUGAUUGUACAGUCACCAAAGAUGGAAGAUCAACAAGACCAGGAUGUUUAUCUUCUGUCUUUUGAGUCUACCCUUCUGGCAUCACGUUAUGAAGAAGUGCAAGCUUUGGCUUUCAAAUAUGGGCAUGUGGUUACAUUACUCGAACAUUUGAGGGUUAUCAUCAAACAAAUGUCUGAGGCCUGGGAGGAUAUUCUGCUGGAAAUGGACUCAAAACUGGUGAAAUUUGCUGAAGAAAAAUAUAUGUUGGGGACAGGUACUGUGAGCAAUGAUUUCCUUGAGCUAUUGCUGUUUGGAACUCCUAGUGAUGAGUUGCAGUCCUUCCUUCUUCAUGACUUGACAGAGAAGGGUUUAAAGAAAUUGGGUCAUUCCAUAGAAACAUCCUAUUCUAAUAUACAAAAACUGGUGUUGAAGCAUUUACAGAGUGUAACCCAAGCACUCAUUUACCAUUUGAAUGAGAUAGCAGGGAUGGCUAGUUGGUAUGAUAGAUUUGGUCUGCUCGGCUUGUCCAGUCCCAGCGUACAAGAGGCUGUUCAAAUGGCAGGAGCUUUUAUGCUGAAAGCAGUAGAACUGCAGCAGGUCAUUGAUGGGAGCAUGAAAAAUUUCAAAGCAUUCUUUAGAUGGCUGUACGUUGUGAUUCAGAGGCUGUCCCAGGAAGCUAUCCCAGCAGAGCUCAGCAAAAUGACUCAACAAGAUUUGAACUUUGUCACAGAUUUCCUAAAGGAAUAUUUUACUGAGGAAAUGGAUGGCAGCUGUAAAUCAGGAUUCAAAUUAGAAAAAGUGGGGCAGUACUUGAAACAUGAAGAGCUCCAGGAACCUCUUCCAAACACAGAUAAUCCAUGGCUGAAGUUUGUCAAUUCUAGUCAGCUGUUGCAAGAAAGCCCAGUGCUGUUCAAACCGCAAGUCAGACAGUCCUUGGUCCAGGUGGAAGAUAAUCUAAGAACUGCGAUAAAUGUUGCUCUUACUAAACCCUCUAGUGCAAUCGGGCAAUCUUUACAAUGUAGUGGAUCUUCUUAUCUGUUCACAUAUCAAAAUAUGGAAGAAAAAGAAGAAAAAAAUAAACUACUCAAACCAAAGUUUACACACUUCACUGUUUGCAAUCAGCAAGCUUACCAGUAUGUGGUGUUUACAGCAUCUUGCUCACCAUCAGAUUAUCUAUACCUUGUCAGACAAAAAACACAUGCAGGAUCUGAUGGAGCUGACAUUUCUGUUGUGAAACUUAAGUUUGGUUGUCUAGGCACAACUAACAGGGAAGAAAGUGGUAGGGAUGACAGGUACUGUAUACCAAGUUAUCAUAUCUGCUUUGUCAUGCUGUACACUUUAUGUUAAUAAAAAUUAUAAUAAAGGGAUGGGAGUUUACGUUAGAAGCUCUAUGCUUAUCGUGUUAAACAGUAGUAGACAGACUCUAUUUACCCUGCCAUUUUGGGAUAUUUGACAAUGAACCUGAAGUAUUUUUUAUGGUUUGAUUAAUCCUUCUGUGCCAUAUGUUGAAGAUCGU